UUGUGACACUGGAAAAGUGUUUAAGACCAGCUAGCCAUGUCUUUAUCAUCCGUUUAAGACCGGCCACGUGACGGGCUCUCGACCAAUAGGAAUAGCUAAACUGUCUGAGGUAUUUAUGAAUAAUCAUUUCAACCAUAAGUGCACGCAUGCGCACAUUCUUUUGAACGUCGUGGUAAUAAUAUUAUAUAAGCAGAGAUCAUGCAGACGGAUGUUUUAUGGUUAGAAUCAGUAGCGUGAACUACAUUGAUCACAAUAACGUGAACAUAGUUAUUGCUGUCUUCAGGACUACAUCCUCAAUACGAAGUUAUUACUUUGUGCUCGGCGUACAUGGUCCACUAACAUAGAGACAGCCUAUAUUUACAAUAUUAACAACAUGAAGCAGAAUUGUAUAUCUAAUUACGAGUAUCUUUAUAAAGUCCAAUCUUAAUCGUAAUUAAUCAUCUACGUAAACACUAUGUACAUGUACAUGUUUACAUUUUGACAUUCCGUUCAAGAAAAACAACAGAGAAACAAUUGUCGUAUGCUGCUAAUACUUAUUGAGACUUUAUGUUUUAAUUGACGUGAGAUUAUACUGAAAGAGUUAGUAUAACAUGUGGUGAAAUAACAAGAUGUUUGGAACUUGACGGGUCAUUAUUGAACCAAAUCGAAUUUUUCCAAUUCCCAUCCGAAACUAGCCUUUUCAAUUAACGUUAUUUAAUUCUCGGUUUUUUUCUCUCUUUUCAUUGUCGAAUCAUACUUGCUUUAACAACACUCUACAAAGAUCAUUCCGCGUACAAGAGCGCGCUUGAUUUAUAUUUUUAAUUGUAACGAUUGACCGUAUAGCAAGCAGCAAUAUUUGUGCAUUAUUUGCAUUUUAAUGAACUUCAAAUAUAUUUAACAAUUUGAUUAAUAAGACUUUUCGGUUAUUUUGAUUCUUGCAUGUUUAUUGUGUUGAUAUACUGUACCACCACUCACUUGUACAUUUGCCGUUACAUAAGUAUAUUUUUGGGUGCUGCUUUUUUUUGGGGGGGGGGGGCAAAUCAAAACUUAAAUAAGAGGAUCAUAUGGAUUUUGUUAAAGGAUGACCCCUUUCUACUUGUCAGAUCUUUUGCCUUUACCGAGAAGUGCUACCAGAAUUAUGAGGAAUUAACACACUUUCAAAGAUAGGGAACAAACUACAAUUGACUGGGGACAAAAAUAAACCUUGCACUUAAUCUGACCCCAGCAGUGCAACUUCCCACAAAUGACUCGAAAGGACAAACAGCGUACUACGUCAUAGUGUUAAACUGCUAAAAGUCUAUCAUGACUCUAGACACCAACAGGUGGCGCUGUUCAUCAAGGCCUCGGGGCAAGGCCAGCCAUCAUUCAGUUAGGCGCUGUCAUGUCAAACUUGAUUUUACGGGUCACGAAAGCUACACACAGAGUGACGAGAGGACCCGUAGUGUAGUCUGCGCCAGCAGUUGAAGUUCGUUGUUAUUUUGUGUUAAAAAUUGUUGGUUUAACACUCCAAGUUGUAGUUACGCCCGUGCUGCAAUUCUCCAGCGUGUUUUGAGCGGUUGUCUGGCCAGCAGUGACGGGGGAAUAAUGAAGAUUUACGCGGCGGACGGCAAGGUGCAACAGGCUAAAGUUGUGUACAAUGGUGACACGUACACCACAGUAGCUGUGCCAACUAAGGCAGGGCAGUAUGAAUGCAAGUGUAAAGACGAAGACCUAAAGUUGACCAAGUCCUCCCAUCCAAAAGUUACGCCGAACCACCACCAGACCCGCUGCUGGAGCUGCGGCCUGAGUGCCUGUCUAAUAUUCUCCAUUGUUGCCUCGGUUGGUUUGUUCGUGCUUCUCUACUCCGCUGCGAGGCCGGUGUCAAUAGAGGAUAGCUUCAGUGUUGGCGAAUGCGAGUUGCCGAUUCUUCCCGACGAACGUCAGCCAUACGGUUACAAGCAGCACAUGGCGGCUGACAAGGAGACUAUGACAGAGACCUUUGACAUCCCGGAGAUCAACGCCAACCACCCAGCCACUAUCAUGCACGACUUUUACAAUGAGGUCACAGUGUAUCUGGAUCGAUUGGAGGGGAUAUGUUUCGUCAUGAAGCUGAACACAACACAAGUUGUGCCGCCCAGGUAUCUGCUGGAGGCAUUCAUCAGAUACAAGAGAGGUGAUUUUGCGCUGGAUAUUGACACCAUUCAGGAGACCAUGGAGGUUCAGACGCCCCCUAUUGCCGACAUUUCCUCCCUGGGCUUAGGGACUGAGCUCUUAUGCCACGAGCUGCCGACAUACUGGCUCGUCAAGCCGGGAACACCGGUUCUUCGGAAGCGGAGUAUUCCUUCAGAUGGGCAUCACGUGACAUACUUCAACGGCCUGCACAUGAUUGACCUGACGGUUACCAACGGAGGCGUUUGAAGGAAACCAGGAGAACAAACUCAAGACGUAUGACAUAUGUUCCGGAAACAAACGUCUGAAAAAAAAAAUGUUUUAAAUCGUCCAUUCACAAGUCUUGAAUAGUUAAGUAUCGCAUAAAUUUAACCCGUGUUUCAAUCAAAAUACAAUCAAACUGCAUUCUCUUUGCGUCCGGAGAGGGCGCUAGGCAUACGCUACAGUUAGAAGAUAUCCCGUCGAGUAAAAAAAAACGGCGUGAUCGAGCGCAGCAUUCUCUGGCGGAGUUCAAACAGGCUCAGUAUCCGUGGAAGACAGUGAGGCACUGAAGACCCAAACGCUCGUCCGCUAUUUGACCGAUUCUUGCAGACCUAUUUAAAACAUGUUCAUAAUGCAUGCCCGGUAAUCCACGUUUCAAAUAGACCAUGGGUAUAUGCGCCUACUUCUUGUGGUCAAACAUUAAUAAUCCGGAUUAAACUAUUCCCCAAUUAUCGUCGACAAUCGAAGCUAGCCAAUGCCCGUCCAAAAACCGACAUUAGCUGGCCCUAUAGCAGCAUUGAUACCCCUCCAUUAUAGGCGACUGCAGCAACCCCAUUGUCUAAUAAAUCGUUUUACAUGUCACGCAAGCAUAAAGUCACCAUGUGACGUGUACACGGUUUCAGAUAUCAGUCGACUAUGGUUGAACUUUCCUAAACCAAAAAGUGAGAUAUUACUGGUCAUGUUGGCCAUAAUAAACUAAGCCUUCAAUCGUAAUUGCAUGGCUAUGAUACAAAGAGUGAAUGCUGCAAUCCUGCUUAAACAUUCUUAUAAUUUUGUAACAAAGUUUUUCCGUAAAUAAAAUUGGAAACUUACUUGAACGCCUGGUCGCUGCCUUGAUUCACACAUAUCAACAAAGGCGCCACCAAGCGUUCGAAAAUCCAAUACUUGCUGACCUCUGACCUUUAUCGUCGCCUGAUGGAGAUUUGUCUCGAUUGUUCUAAUUCAUGUAAAUUGCAUGCAUCAUGCCUGGUCACUUUUUGUAUCACUUAUGAAUUUUCUCUCUAAUCUUGAUGAAGGUGUCGAAAUGUAAAUAGACUUUCCAGUGCAAUGCAAUGAACGCUUAAAUAAUUGCAGGCCAAAUUUGUUUUGAAUUUAUAAUUUUGAUUCUUACUGAAAGCGUUGCACAUUGUAUUAUUUAACAGCUCGCAUUCUGCUUGCAAAUUGACGGGAUUUUCCACCCGACCAUUGAUUAGUGAACAGUCAAAUUUUUUUUUUUGUUAUUAUUGUUAAAAAAAAACAAGGAUUCUUGUAUCUAAUUGUUACAUGUAUUUAAACAUAUCAUCUUUGCUCUAAAAAACAUGCUGAUCAGAAAAUAGCGGAGAAAAACAUUAACAAAAAAAACCCAUGUUAACUUCAAAAUUAUCAAUUUUUUUUAACAAUAAUGAUAUUUUGUAAACCAAACUCGUGCCUUCAUAUACAGACGGGCAUUCUAAGGCCGGGGUAUUUUUUUAAUACUUCUUGCGUGGUGUACAGGCCAAUAAUAUUAUCAGCUGUAAAUUUUAAAAUGAAUGCAAAUUAAUAAACGAAUAUUUUAGAAAAGUA